AUGGGAUACUCUGAGGCAUAUUGCCAUCUCUGUGGCGUCAGCUUCAACAUCGCUCGUCGCCGCAAACCGGGGGAACCAGACCUCGCGAGCUGGGACUACGCAGGCGGCCAAGAUGACUACCCACCUGUCGAUGAGGUCGAAGACCUGUUGGAAUGUGCAAAGAAAGGCUGCUGUAUAGCUGUCAAACAGCCAAGAGACGAACCUGAGAACGAUUUGGCUGAAGAUCUCGACUAUGUGCCGCAGAAAGAUACCGAGGACGAGCUGGAGUAUGACUCUGAGCAUGAUUCAUCCGAUGUCAUGAGCCUUGAUGAUGAACAAGAAGAUGACGAUGGUGACGAGAAUAUGGAUGACGCAGAUUCGUAUCAAGACUUCCUGGCGCGAACAGUGAUUCCGCAGAAAUUCCGUGGGGAGCCUGUUGGAAACCUCGCCUACUCAAAUAACAGGAAUGAAAUCAUUCUUUCGAUCACAUCGGAUGAUGUUCCAGAGGGCUACGAUACUACAGAAUUGGAGCAUAUCCCGGGCCCAACCUGCGAAGAGGCUAGAGCCUACUCAGGCCAUGCGAUUUCACUUGAAGAGAUGCGAGGCUGUCGCACCGCCCAAUUCUUAGUCCACAAAGAUACUUCCUCCGAGCCCUGGCAUCCUGAUGGUCUCCAUGAGACCUGGGAAUUAUCCGAGAGUUAUUUCCUCUCCGGUCUAUGCGACGGUAUGGCCUCGCGUGACUGCAGCGACCAACAUGUCUCACCCAUGCGAGGGGGUUACGGUAUCGUUCGUGCUGACAAUAUCAACUUCGAUCCCGAAUGGACUCCCGCAAACGAUAUCGCAAUGCCUUUUCAUCCGUGGUGUUUUGACAUCUUUUCUCGACAGUCAAAAGCAAAGUUUGGCAAGGUCAAUGUUUCCGGACUGAUGAGAUGGCGGAAUUCUGCUUUUGAUUACGAUGACUUUCACAAUUUUCCACGCGAUGGAGAUGUCUAUGAAGCUCGAGAACAGUCUUGGCGUCAUUAUCCUGGAAAGGAAUAUUUAGCUGCCAACCCUCUUUACGUGCCUGAUCUGCCGGCUUUUCUGAUGGAUUUCGACGGUGAGAAGACGGAAAAGGUUGAAUAUGGAAUUCAAUCUGUCCAGGAUACAGAGUAUAGCCCGUCUCCAUCGCAAUCUUGUGGAAGCGACAUCCUAGCCUCCUUGCCCUUGGAUAUCCGUCUACUUCUGGUCGACUAUCUUGAAUCCGUUGAUAUAACUAGCCUUCGGAUGGCUUCCAAAGCAUUUACGAAACUUCCUAAUGGUAUAUGGUACAGGCUCGUGCGCAUGAAAAUGCCCUGGCUCUGGGAAGCUUGGGGAGGGUCUUCGCAUAUUCCUUCUCCAUGGACAACGAUGACGGCUAACGAGGUCAAAGUGCUGUACCAUGAACGGAGGCGCUAUUCUGACCUCUUGGGUGGUGAGUAUACGCCAGUAGAAGGGAUCACAGAUUUCCUCCUUCCAUUACCAAGUACGGUACCUGAUCAAGUGAAGUUGUCCCGGGAAAAGACGGAUUGGCACCGGCUUUAUACUGAAAUCAAGCGCAAUUGGCCCAAACUAAAGGGUCUGCGCAAUCGAAAGCGCAUCUGGGAGGAUGUUGCGGAUAUCAUCCAGCGCAUUGAGGAAAGUGAAGGGAGGCAAUGA